AUGGCACGAGUUUACAAAGUCGCAUCUCACUGGCAGGUAUCUCACCCUAGCAAGAGCCCUAGAUUGUGCCGUUGGCUCAGCCACCUGUUCAACAAGCCUUUCUGGCAGAAGCUUAACAGAUUCGAUAACACCUUUAGACGAGUUCUACAACCACGGCCAGCCGUUCAGUGUCAGAUCAGCCAAGAUCAACAUACCGUGCCGAGGCGGCUUCCUCUGAGGAGAGGACAGGCAAGGAAUCGUGUUGAGCAUGUACUUUGCUCGAAAGCUGCGAUCAGAGCGAUCGCAGCCGCUGUCCACGCACAGGGACUGUCCACGCAGCAACAAAUUAUCAACGAAGGCCUGAAUGCACGCUGUGAUCUUCUCGUGGAGGAGCUUGGGUUACGCAUCAAAAGCGUCGAUGCGAAACAACAGGCUGAUCAAAUUGCUGGCAGAUACAACGUGCACUCAUUAGCGCAGCUGGAAGAAGCUGUGAACGACGCUGGACGGGCGCUCAACGAUCUUGAGGGACGAAAGGCUGAGGUAGAAAGUCUCAUUGUCAAGGCUAAUGAUCUCUCGGCAAAUUACGCGAUGGAGGUCAUCAGGAUUUCCACGGAGCACUUGGAGAAGCAUGGGCUGGUCGAUCAUCUUCAGACAGUGGCCGACAUAGAUAAAAUUGACCAGCUGUUGUUCGAGCCAGAUCAAGACGCCGCCAGGGAAUCUGCACGAAAUGAGAGGCUCAGGGCACAACAGGAACUCGAGUUUUUCGUCGAACAGCUGCAGUCUCAUCGACAAGAUUACAGUCUUGCCUUACUACAUCAUCUGCAAGGGACCGAUCCUAAGAUUCCUGGGUGGUUAUUUACCUGGAGCAGGGAAGAUUUCGACCUCAAUCAUCUGCUCCGAGGUAUGGUCAUCACCAGCAACAUCCGCAAAGCUGAGAAAACAUAUCAACGUACACUAGAGCGGGCAAGGGACUUACGGCUGAGCCCACUGCCAGACCAAGAAAAUACAUUCCCGGAUCUGACAGAUGAUGGUGCCUCUAAUAUGAGCAGAAACGCAGCAGGAAACGAUGGGACUCACCCGAAGGUGAAGGUAUUCUGUGAGGGCCUACCCAGCUCUCCUCCACAACCACUGUCGGAAGGUCAGAUCGACCGGCAGCCAUCCUCUAGUCCACAAAUCAGGCCGGAGCCGCAGCCUUGGGAGAAGAUCAGGCAGAAGGUUUUCGAGGACCAGCAGGAUGAAGGACAGACACAAGAAAAUUCCCAGAGUGAUGAUCGAUCUGAGCACGCCCAGGACGAGCAUGAAGCAGUCAAGACAGCGGUACGCACCGGCAGAGAAAUGGCACAGCAACAUCUCCAACUUGCGCACGAGCGCCUGCGGACUCAUCACACCGGUCACCGGCAAGCCCUCCAAGCUCAUUUUGAUGGAAUCGACUCCGGCCUGCCCGGCUGGCAGAAGACAUGGACCAGGAACCAAUUUGAUGUCAACCAUCUUCGCCACUCCAUGACCCUGUCCAAAGAAGUGCGAGAGGCGGAAGAGGUGUAUCUACGCACGCUAGACCAAGCACGAUUGUGGCGCUUGAGUCCACUUCCUGACCAAGACAUCAUGUUUCCCGAUUUGACGGACGAUGGUGCCUCGGGGGUCAGCAUAGGUGCGGCAGGGAAUCCUAAAGGGUCGAAUCCAAUAGUUGAGGAGUGGCGGGACAAUAUGCCUAGCACGCCUCCAAAGCCGCUGGCGGGAGAUCAAAGUGAUCCACGACCUUCCUCCAGUCCUCAGAUUCCUGCAGAUCCAAGCCCCUGGGAGAGCAUGAGUGCUACCGCCAGUCCAGUCCCGAAGACGCGUCGACAAGAUGAAUGGGAGUGUGCGACCCAGAUAGACCUCGCCGAGCUGGGGCGGCAUCUCCCUCCAGAGAGCGCACAGUGA